UCAGCCGAAGCGGCUAGUCGCGGUCGCCAUUUUGUCGGGUAGUCAUCGGGAUCAUCUUGUCUCUGUCAUCACGGUUAUUUCGUCCGUAUCUCGUUCGGACGGGGUAAAAAGCCGCCUGUGCCCGCCGUGUGUACGCGCCGUUCCGCACCGCCCGUACGUCGCACCGCAAAUGGCUUGUCUGAACACCCUCAAGCAGGAAAUCAAAACGCUCGAAUCCGUCUUCCCCAAGAGCCAUGAGAGGUUUCAGAUAAUGUCUGCGAGCGUGGACGAGCUCAGUUGCAGAUUCGUCGGUAAAAAUGGGAAGAAGUACGAAAUACACGCCAAUAUCACAGAAACCUAUCCUUCAACGCCGCCCGUCUGGUUUGCCGAAUCCGAGGAGACUAGUGUUACAAACGCUGUACAAAUUUUAAGUAACACAACAGGCCGCGAUAACCAUGUAAUCAAUCAAGUUGGCAUCCUGUUGAAAGAGUUAUGCAGACUACACUCGUUACCGGAACCGCCGGACGUCGAGAGGCUGAGGACUGCCUUAGAUCCUUUGCGUUUAGGUGGAUCGAACGAAGCCGUGGCGCAAAGGAUGGACGCCGAAGACCUAGACGAUAUCGACGAGGACGAAGAGAGCGAGACUGAAGAGGACCUUCAUCUAGAUAUGGACGAGGGAGAUGCUAAUUCUAAGAAUAAGACCGAAGAAAUGGAUUUGGAACAUCUCGCGACAUUGGAAAGGUUGAGACAAAACCAGAGACAAGAUUAUUUAAAAGGAUCUGUUUGUGGAAGUGUACAAGCCACCGAUAGACUCAUGAAAGAACUGCGUGAUAUAUAUCGAAGCGACAGCUUUAAAAAGGGAAUGUAUAGCAUAGAACUAGUAAAUGACAGUUUGUAUGAAUGGAAUAUCAGAUUAAUGUGCGUAGAUCCUGAUUCACCACUUCAUAGCGAUCUCAUUCUUUUGAAAGAGAAAGAGGGUAAAGACAGUAUUCUUCUUAAUAUGCUUUUCAAGGAAACCUAUCCAUUUGAACCUCCAUUUGUAAGAGUUGUACAUCCUAUUAUAUCUGGUGGAUAUGUUCUUGUGGGAGGUGCUAUUUGCAUGGAGCUUCUCACAAAACAAGGAUGGAGUUCGGCGUAUACAGUAGAAGCUGUUAUAAUGCAGAUUUCAGCGACGUUAGUGAAGGGGAAAGCGCGUAUACAGUUCCAAGGAUCAGGCGGUGCCGGAAAAGUGUGUGGUGGACAAGGCCAAUACAGUUUGGCGCGUGCCCAACAGUCAUUCAAAUCUCUUGUACAAAUACAUGAAAAGAAUGGUUGGUUUACACCCCCGAAGGAGGAUGGCUAAUGAACACCAAUCGCGGAAAAGUACCGAAAAUAUGAUACAUGCUUACAGCUGAGACUUUAAUUCGGUGUGUGCCCAACAACAAGUAAUUGUUAUGAUAAUGAUUUGAUACACAAACACAACAGUAACUAGGUAACUUAAGAUAUUGAAUUAAUCUAACAUAUAAUUCCUUUCAUGGCUAAAAAGCUGCCGUACAUCUUGGUUACGUAUCCAUUUUUUUCGGUCAUUAGUAGUUAGAUCGUGAGAGAAUUGUAUCGAUAAAUGUAAGGUAAUCAUCUUGCUUGAAAUUGAUUUUUACUUUUAUGUUUCAAGAAUCCCAGUUGUUACUAUAUUGCAAUAUAGUAAUUUUAUGUACUCUUUAAAGAUACACAUGUUGUACGUGCGAAACAGUAUGAUUAUUCUGGAAAGUGCGUUUGCGCAAUCGUGCUUCCUGUCUUAGCGGGAGGAAAUUAUGAUCAACGUUUUAUAUUAAUAUAAUAUUUGGCAAAUUUUUAAGUUUUUCUUGUUUUAUUCUUGCAUCACUCUUUAUUUACUACAUAACAACAGUUAUGCUCGAUGCAUUUCAAUGACAAGGCUAGAUUUCUUUGUUAGUAUGCCGUAAACAAGUAAAAGUAAUGGUAGUGAAAAUGCAUCUCUUGAAGAAACAUGUAUAUCACACUUCUAUUCUCGAAAUCUUUUAUCAAUUUAGAUGUCUCAUAAGUGAUAUCUAAAUUCUAUGAGCGCACAAGCAAAACAUUUUUUUAAAAGAAAUUGUGCGGAAAAAAUGGCUAAAUAGAAAAUAUAAAAAUAUAGCUUUAUAUAUCUCUACAGAGAGACUCUAAAGAAUACAAUCAUAGAAGUUAACAAAAGUCUCUGCAAGCUUUUCAGACUUGCAAUUGGGUAUGUUUUGUAAAACUAAUUUUGUCUAUAUCCAAUAUUAAUCAAGUCAGAUUUUUUACACGAGAAGCGAUAUUUUUUUACAUUCGGCGGAUAGUAUAUUUCGUAGCGUUAUUGGAUUAGACGAAAUGUAGAUCUUACAAUGCCUGUAUUGUAUACAAAGCGGUAAUUAAUGUGGAUGUUUAUCUUUUUGCAUAGAACGUAAGAGUGAAUCAGAAUAUAUAGAUGCCGUAGCAGCACACAAGUAAAUAUUACAAAAGUUCUAUUCUGUAUAAUAAUUCACUUCAUAUUAAAUGUAUACUAUCUGAAGGAAUAUUCGUUUUUCAAAUUUGCUUAUAGAAGGACAGAGUUUUCAUGUUUGUUUAGUUCACUUGUAAAGUGAAUUGCAUAUAUCGUAAUUAAAGUCUUUAUAAUCUUUGUUCGAGGCAUGUUUUUUUAACUGAACUUCUUGUGGUUUAUCUUUCCUCCUUUUUAUUUCCAUUGGAGAGAAAAAGAGAAAAGGCGAACUAUCUAAAAAUGUAAUCGAGAUUGUUUGCAUAGCCUUCUACAACAUAUAUAUGUGGUGUGUAAUAUUCAAUCGAAUAUAGGAAUUGUAUAGAUGUACAUAAUUCAAGUAUUCUCUAGAGUCUUUGUCGGAGGGCAUAAAUGCAGUAGAAGCUUAAAAGUUUUGAUUGUGCGUCUCAUCUACAAAUUUAUUCUAAAAUCUAUUCUUUAUUAUUUUCUCUAUGACGCAACCUAUAAGGUAUAAAAUCAUAUAUUGUAUAAUGCAAGAUAUAAUUUUUUUUUAAGUCAGAGAUGCGUAAGCUAAACAUUAUUCAUACGAAAUUCUUAUGUGCAAAUUUGUUUUUGAAGAAUUACGAGUUCCAUGCAAAUGUUAGAGUUUCUAACGAUCGCAAUAGGAAAUUUCAUCGCGGGAAUUUUAUGCAUUCGAUAAUAAUAGACUACUGUUUAUAUAAAUAGUAAAUGGCCAAAAUGUGUAUACUUCUAAAACGAAUUUGUUCAUUAGAAUUAAUUUUGCAAUAUUGUAACAUUUGCAACUUUAGUGGAUCUAAUUUUUGUUAUCAAUUUGUCUAUAAAAAAUAUUCCUUUUCAUAAAAAUUUUAUAUUAACACAUUUUUGUAAUACGGCAUUGAAAUUAAGUUACUAAAAUUAAAUGUAAAAAAUUA